AUGCGGCGUGUCGUCGUAACAGGUCUUGGAGCGGUCACUCCGCUUGGUGUGGGUAUUCGGCGCUCCUGGAAGCGUUUGCUGGAUGGACAUUGUGGCAUUGUGAAUGUGAAAGAGCGUGAUGAGCGUUUUGCUGAGCAGCCUUGUCAGGUUGCUGCUGUUGUGCCCAAGGGGAGUCGGGAGGAUGGUGGGUGGACGGCUUCUGAGUGGUUGAGUCGGGCUGAUGAGCGGAAGAUGGCUCAGUUUGCGCAAUAUGCUAUGGCUGCUACUGAAGAGGCGCUUCAAGAUGCUGACUGGAAGCCUGAGCCUUUUGAGCAGAGAGAGGCUACGGGUGUUUGUCUGGGAUCAGGUAUUGGGAACUUUGACGAGAUCUACAACACAGUUGUAGCUUAUGAAAAAGGCGGCUACAAAAAGGUCAAUCCUUUAUUUGUGCCGAAGCUCCUGAUCAAUCUUGGAGCUGGACACAUCUCCAUGAAAUACAGAUUCAUGGGCCCGAAUCAUGCCGUGACAACAGCGUGCACAACCGGUGCACACUCCAUCGGUGACGCUGCCCGAUUCAUUGCCUGCGGCGAUGCCGAUGUAAUGGUUGCCGGAGGAGCCGAGUCCUGCAUCCAUCCAUUAGCUAUAGGCGGCUUUGCUCGCGCCAGAAGUCUAGCGACAGCUUUCAACGAUACACCAGAGAAGGCAUCCCGGCCAUUCGAUGCUGACCGCGGAGGCUUUGUGGUAGGCGAAGGCGCAGCGGUGAUGAUCCUCGAGGACCUAGAACACGCCCUUGCGAGAGGAGCACGGAUCUACGCCGAACUUAAAGGAUACGGCUGCUCCAGUGAUGCGCACCACAUGACUUCGCCUAAAGAAAACGGCGAAGGCGCAUUCAUGGCUAUGAAGAAGGCGCUUAAGCAGGCACAGUUGCGUCCUGCCGCGGUUGACUAUGUCAAUGCACAUGCUACCUCGACUAUUGUUGGGGAUGCUGCUGAGAAUGCUGCUAUCAAGUCCCUUUUGCUUGGCUCCGAUGGCAAGGAGAAGGCUGCUGAUGUGAAUGUCAGUAGUACCAAGGGUGCGCUUGGUCAUCUUCUUGGUGGUGCUGGUGCUAUCGAGGCUUUAAUUAGUGUGCUUGCGAUUCAUGAGAAUACUAUGCCGCCUACUAUCAACCUGGAACGUCUGGCCGACGGGUUUGAUUGCAACUAUGCGCCGAAGGACCCUCAGUCUAGACAGAUUGAUGUGGCUUUGACCAAUAGCUUUGGAUUUGGUGGAACUAACAGCAGUCUUUGCUUUGCAAAGUACUCUUAG